CCUUUCACGACAUAAGAAGCUGAUUUGAAGCUGCAAAAGGAAUAAGCAAGAAAAAGCAAAGGACUUCCAUUGGUAGCAGGGCAGUGCUGGAACAGAGCGGUGGUGAAUAAGGAAACAGGAUUUAUUAUCUUAUUCGUUAAACCUGUCUCUAUGAUUUUGUGGUUUCGUUCGUUUUAUGUAUUGGGUUUGGAACAGGACUAAGGCAGUAAUUGGAAUGGUCGUAAACCAAGUUCUUCAGCUGUAACAUUGUGAAUAGAAAAACAUGAGCUCCUAUUUUGUGAACCCUCUCUUUUCCAAGUACAAAGGCGGUGAAACGUUGGAACCAACUUACUAUGACUGCAGGUUCCCUCAAAGCGUCACCCGGAGCCACGCGCUGGUGUACGGUGCAGGAUCGGCGGCGCCAGGCUUUCAGCACCCGCCCCAUCACGUCCAAGACUUCUUCCACAGUGGGACGCCGGGGAUCUCCACACCAGGCUACCAGCAGAAUCCAUGUGCCUUGGCAUGCCAUGGAGAUGCCACAAAAUUUUAUGGAUACGAAGCCCUUCCGAGACAAACGCUUUAUGGCACCCAACAAGAGGCGAGCGUGGCGCAAUACCCAGACUGUAAAUCGUCAAAUGGCACUAACCUCGGAGAAGGACAAGGCCACCUAAAUCAAAACCCGUCUCCUAGUCUCAUGUUUCCAUGGAUGAGACCGCACGCCCCCGGAAGACGCAGUGGCCGACAGACCUACAGUCGAUACCAAACACUGGAGUUGGAGAAGGAAUUUCUCUUCAACCCUUACCUCACCCGUAAGCGUCGGAUCGAGGUGUCUCAUGCUUUAGGGCUGACGGAGCGGCAGGUUAAGAUUUGGUUCCAAAACCGACGGAUGAAAUGGAAAAAAGAGAACAACAAAGACAAAUUUCCGGGCCAAAGAGGAGAGAUGGAGGUGGAGGGAGAGGCAGAGGGCGAGGGUGAGUGCGAAGAUGAAGGCAACGAUGACGGUGAAGGGGAAGAAGGAGACAAAAAGGAAACGGGAGAGGAAGAGGACAGAAAAGAGUGAUUUGAAUUGCUAUUUUUUAUGAUUACAUGGCUUAAAGUUGAAGAUGGUAGAGAGAGAGAGAGGCCCGGAACAUUGAAUUGAGAGAGAGAGAGAGAGAGAGAGAGAGAGAGAGAGAGAGAGAGAGAGAGAGAGAGAGAGAGAGAGAGAGAGAUAGAUCACAUUUUAUGACCACCGUUUUAUUGGGUUAACAAGUAAGACAAAUCCUUUAAAGACACAUUUAAAACACAAAAAUAAAUAUUCCACAAUACUGACGACGGAUCAGCUUCUAUAGAGAUAUUGCAAUUUAUGCCUGCACAUAGGCUAUUGUAGGCAGCAUAUUAUCCUUACCCAAUCAUAAUGCACUAACUGACAAAUUGUGCACAUCAUUGCGCACAUGUUGUCACACAUCAUGAAACACAUAGAGGCAAAAAUGACAGACAUUAGCCUAGUCGCAAAAUAGAACUCAAUUGAUUCAACAUUACAUUGAUUUCAGUAUUAUUGAAAUAGCCUAUAUAGGCUAAUCUAGCCUAUUGAUAUUUUAAUGCAGUCCUCUCAGUUUUCUUUUUAAGUGAAAUGUUAUCCUUCACUUGUUUGUAACAAUUGUAAAUACUUUGGCAACUUUGUAUUUGUAGUCAACUUCAUUCUGAAGUUAACGGCAGUUAUUGUCAGACAGAUAGCCUAAACAUCUUGAUUUCAUGUUUAUCGGAGAUCUUCUGUGAAUAAAGUCACACGGAAGGGCAAAAACGCGUUUAAGGAUGCACUUUGGCUGCUCUACGAGUGGUCUGGAUCACUUCUACAUGUACGAAGGUUGUUAAGAGCCACGAUACUAAAGAAGGCUCUGGGAAACACCUCGGCUACUAAAGAUACAUCGUAUGAAGGUUCUAAUGAUGAUCUUAACGCUACGAAGGCUCUGGGAAACGAUGCCCAGCUCUGUUUUGCAGAAAAUAGCUAUCUUUAGGAGAAUAAUCACUGCUUACAAUAUCUAGCUUAAAACGGUGCAAAUGCCCACAAAACACAGAGACUAAGCACUAGCAAAACACUCAUAUGGUCCACAGAAUGUACAAGCGGAGGAUGGCUAGAAAUGUUUCAAUGUUCAAUCAAUGUUGUCAUUCGAGGAAAAGGGUUGAUUAUUAAUACACAUUAUUUGUACUUUUUGUGUUUUGUUUUUCCUCCGAAGGAUUAUUUAUGUGGAUUUGUAUGUUUAUUGGGGUGAUGGGAUGUUUUUUUUAUUGGCCACUGUCAAUUCCACAUUUGGAGUCAUGAGUAGUCUCUAUAAUGUGGGAAAUUGCAAUAUGGAUUAUUGGUUAGGAGGUACAUUUCAUAAGGGAUAUUUCAUAUUAUUGUCUCAAAUAUACUAGUGUGUGUAUUGUAAUGUAUUUUUUGGAUUGCAACUGCUCGGGCAUAUUCAAUCCGAUAAGCCUAUCAAAAACAAAACAAAUAAGAAAUUCUCCA